UUCAAAGGUAUUAGUUUCAAUAACAAUUCUGGCCCUGUUUGUCAUUGACCAGGGUCAGGGUUGUCAAGUGUCGACCGGUGCACAAACAACAAAAGAUUGGUGGGAAACUGCCCAGCUCUAUCAGAUAUAUCCGCGUUCGUUUAAAGAUUCAGAUGGCGAUGGAAUUGGCGACUUAAAUGGCAUCACAAGUAAAUUGAAAUAUCUUAAAGAGCUUGGUGUAACAGCUGCCUGGUUAUCACCAAUAUUUACCUCACCCAUGGUGGACUUUGGUUACGAUAUAUCCGACUUCUUUGACAUACAACCAGAAUACGGCACACUAGAUGAUUUUCGAGCCUUGAUUAAGAAAGCAAAGGAACUCGACUUAAAGAUAAUACUGGACUUUGUGCCCAAUCAUUCGAGUAAUGAAAGUGAAUGGUUCAAGAAGUCAGUGAAUAGGGAGAAGGGCUACGAGGAUUACUAUGUUUGGCAUGAUGGGAAAGUGAAUGCGACUACAGGAGAACGUGAACCCCCCACCAAUUGGCUGCAAUAUUUUAGAGGUAGUGCCUGGGAGUGGAAUGAACAGCGUCAGCAAUAUUAUCUCCAUCAAUUUGCUGUUCAGCAACCUGAUUUAAAUUACCGAAAUCCCUUGGUGGUGGCCCAAAUGAAACGUGUUUUGAAAUAUUGGUUAGCUGAGGGAGUAUCUGGAUUCCGUUGCGAUGCUCUGCCUCCCCUCUUUGAGGUUUUACCUGAUGCAGAGGGACAAUAUCCGGAUGAGGUCAUAAGCGGAGCCACCGAUGAUGCUGAAGAUCGAAAUCACCUGACCGUAAAGUACAUAGAGAAUCAACCAGAGACUAUAGAUAUGGUUUAUCAGUGGCGCACAGUGCUAGACGAUUAUCAGAGGAUAUUCGGUGGGGACUCGCGUGUGUUGCUGAUUGAAACUUACGCCCCAGCCUGGUUUACGAUGCAAUUCUAUGGCAAUCGAACGACAAAUGGAGCCCACUUGCCUUUCAAUUUCAAUCUGAUUACGGUAAUGGAGCAAAAUGAGUUCAGUGCCAAGAAUGUGCAAUUGGCGAUUGAUUUGUGGUUAAACAAUAUGCCAGCCGGACGCACACCCAACUGGGUGUUGGGCAACCACGACAAGCGUCGAGCGGCUAGUCGUUAUGGCCAGGAACAUAUAGAUGCUAUGAAUAUGCUGAUAAUGGUUUUACCUGGAGCUAGUGUUACCUACCAGGGUGAAGAGUUGGGCAUGACAGAUGUAGAGAUUAGCUGGGAAGAUACUGUAGAUCCUUGGGCAUGCAAUUCCAAUCCUGAAAUCUAUGAACAAUACACCAGGGAUCCGGCCAGGACCCCGUUUCAAUGGACUAAUGGCAGCAAUGCGGGUUUUACAGAUGGACCAACCACUUGGCUGCCUUUGGCUAGCGAUUACGACACAAUUAAUGUGGAAACUGAGUCCCAAGCUGAACUUUCUCAUCUAAAAAUCUAUGAGCAUUUGGGGGCCCUUAGAAAAUCUUCGCAAACUCUAAAGUAUGGCUCAACUAAAUAUCAAACACUCUUGGAGAAUAGUUUCGUUGUAGAAAGGAUCCUAGCCAAUGAGCCUACCAUAGUGUUUGCUGCCAAUUUUGGCAACACAGUGGCAUAUUUGAAUUUAUUGGAAUUUGAUAAGAACUUACCCGAAAGUCUAAAGUUACUCAUACGCAGUGUGGAAUCCACCAAAAAUUAUAAUAAUCGUUAUGGCACUACGUCAUUACGUCUUGAACCCGGAGAGGCGUUGGUUAUGUCCACCGAAAAUUAACUUCUUUAAAGGUUUUAGUACUCAAUUUUUAUUUUAUUCAUAAAUAGAUUGCCACCUAACAACAUUUAGUUUUGUUUAACUAUAAUCAAUGUUAUUA